CCUCUUCCCCAUUACUCGGCGACAAUGCGGUCGGAGCACUGCGCGCGAAGAGGCUGCCGCUCCUGAAGAGUCAACCAAAAUGAGGAAGAACCGGGGCAGCUGCCAGGACGACCAGAGGCGGGCCUCAGAGCAGCAGACCGGCCGGAGGGUCGGGGUGGUUUUGACUUCCCGCAGACUUCCCUUUUCCCGCUCAGCGGAACCCCUCCCCUGCACCGUCCCAGCACCCCGGUCUCACUCGGCCUCCGCCCGCUACUCGCGAAUCCCCGCCCCGUUCCCUCCCCCCAACCAUUGACGCAGAACUGGGAGGGGCCACGAGGACCUCGGGCACAACCAGUGGAGCUUCCGGGCCGGCGCCUUCUCCAAGCUCCUCCCACGCCCGCGGAUCUGGAGCUUGCGCCUGCGCAGUUUGGGCCCAGAUUGUCCUCCCCCUCCCCUUCCUUAGCAACCAUCGCCGGCUCCCUAGGCCGCGGCUGCGCACGCGCGCCCCUCCCGGCGCCCGGCCCCGCCCACUCCGUCACCCGUAACAACCACUGGAGCCCUCGCCGCGCCCCUCCUCCCUCCCGCCCCCCCGGCCCCCUCCCCGGAACCGGCGGUGGAGCUGCGGCCGCCAAGCAGUCGAACCGCGACGGCCCCGUGGAGCUGCCGGUAUGAACGCCCCUCGCCACCCUGCGGGCCAGGUCCGGCCUUUCUGACAAGAGCUAGACUUUGGGCACCUUGAGGAUAUUCAGUUUGUACGUUUGUAUAUCCUCUCGCCAUGUUCAGCAUAAAAUAUCAUUCUUAAUGAUUAUCCUCGGCAAGACAGGUGUGAGAGGAUUGCUAUUACAUUACAAUCAUGGUGCAAAAAUACCAGUCACCAGUGAGGGUGUACAAAUACCCCUUUGAAUUAAUUAUGGCUGCCUAUGAAAGGAGGUUCCCUACGUGUCCCUUGAUUCCGAUGUUCGUGGGCAGUGACACUGUGAAUGAAUUCAAGAGUGAAGAUGGGGCUAUUCACGUCAUCGAAAGGCGCUGCAAGCUGGAUGUGGAUGCGCCCCGGCUGCUGAAGAAGAUCGCAGGAGUUGAUUUUGUUUAUUUUGUCCAGAAAAACUCACUGAAUUCUCGGGAACGUACAUUGCACAUCGAGGCUCAUAAUGAAACAUUUUCCAAUCGGGUCAUCAUUAACGAGCAUUGCUGCUACACCGUUCACCCUGAAAAUGAAGAUUGGACCUGUUUUGAGCAGUCUGCAAGUUUAGAUAUUAAAUCUUUCUUUGGUUUUGAAAGUACAGUGGAAAAAAUUGCAAUGAAACAAUAUACCAGCAACAUUAAAAAAGGAAAGGAAAUCAUUGAAUACUACCUUCACCAGUUGGAAGAAGAAGGCAUAACCUUUGUGCCCCGUUGGACUCCGCCUUCCAUCACACCCUCUUCAGAGACAUCUUCAUCCUCCUGCAAGAAACAAGCAGCGUCCAUGGCCGUCGUCAUCCCAGAUGCUGCCCUCAAGGAGGGGCUAAGUGGCGAUGCCCUCAGCAGCCCCAGCGCACCUGAGCCCGUGGUGGGCACCCCUGAUGACAAACUAGAUGCCGACUACAUCAAGAGAUACUUGGGCGAUUUGACUCCACUGCAGGAGAGCUGCCUCAUUAGACUUCGCCAGUGGCUCCAGGAGACCCACAAGGGCAAAAUUCCAAAAGAUGAGCAUAUUCUUCGGUUCUUACGUGCGCGGGAUUUUAAUAUUGACAAAGCCAGAGAGAUCAUGUGUCAAUCUUUGACGUGGCGGAAGCAGCACCAGGUGGACUACAUUCUCGAUACCUGGACCCCUCCACAGGUCCUUCAGGAUUACUACGCAGGAGGCUGGCAUCAUCACGACAAAGAUGGGCGGCCCCUCUACGUGCUCAGGCUGGGGCAGAUGGACACCAAAGGCUUGGUGAGAGCGCUCGGGGAGGAGGCCCUGCUGAGAUAUGUUCUCUCCAUAAAUGAAGAAGGGCUAAGACGAUGUGAAGAGAAUACAAAAGUCUUUGGUCGGCCUAUCAGCUCCUGGACCUGCCUGGUGGACUUGGAAGGGCUGAACAUGCGCCACUUGUGGAGACCUGGUGUCAAAGCGCUGCUGCGGAUCAUCGAGGUGGUGGAGGCCAAUUACCCUGAGACGCUGGGCCGCCUUCUCAUCCUGCGGGCACCCCGGGUGUUUCCUGUGCUCUGGACGCUGGUGAGUCCCUUCAUUGAUGACAACACCAGAAGGAAAUUCCUCAUUUACGCAGGAAACGACUACCAGGGUCCGGGAGGCCUGCUGGAUUACAUUGACAAAGAGAUUAUUCCAGAUUUCCUGAGUGGGGAGUGCAUGUGCGAAGUGCCAGAGGGUGGACUGGUCCCCAAAUCUCUGUACCGGACUGCAGAGGAGCUAGAGAAUGAAGACCUCAAGCUCUGGACCGAGACCAUCUACCAGUCUGCAAGCGUCUUCAAAGGAGCCCCACACGAGAUUCUCGUUCAGAUUGUGGAUGCCUCUUCAGUCAUCACUUGGGAUUUCGACGUGUGCAAAGGGGACAUUGUCUUCAACAUCUAUCACUCCAAGAGGUCGCCACAGCCACCCAAAAAGGACUCCCUGGGGGCCCACAGCAUCACCUCUCCAGGCGGGAACAAUGUGCAGCUCAUAGACAAAGUGUGGCAGCUGGGCCGCGACUACAGCAUGGUGGAGUCGCCUCUGAUCUGCAAAGAAGGAGAAAGCGUGCAGGGCUCCCAUGUGACCAGAUGGCCGGGCUUCUACAUCCUGCAGUGGAAAUUCCACAGCAUGCCUGCAUGCGCCGCCAGCAGCCUGCCCCGGGUAGACGACGUGCUCGCGUCCCUGCAGGUCUCUUCGCACAAGUGCAAAGUGAUGUACUACACCGAGGUGAUCGGCUCUGAGGAUUUCAGAGGUUCAAUGACCAGCCUGGAGUCCAGCCACAGUGGCUUCUCGCAGCUGAGUGCUGCCACCACCUCCUCCAGCCAGUCCCACUCCAGCUCCAUGAUCUCCAGGGGCUGAGAGCUACAGAGGAGGAGCCAGGUCAGAGGGUGCAUCAGAUGCCCAUCUUUUACUGGAUGUGGCUGGGUGCCCAUCUGGGCAUGUCCCUCCAGGGAAGAAGCUGAGCUGGGCCUGGAGCACCGUGGAGACCGGACCACAUCUGCCAUGCUCAGAGAUGUGUACCAGGGACACUGGCUUGUUACUCAAGACUCCCCACUCCAUCUGCCUUCCCCUACUCUCCCAAUAACCAGGGGGACCCACCUGCAGGUCACCACUCAUGCUCCCAGGUGCUGGGCACCCAGGGAUGAGAAGAAGGCUGGGUGUUCCUGGCUCCCACGCUGCUUCCCAGGCCUGAUCCUCAUCUUUAUGCAUCUGCCUCCCACCUACCAGCCUUCACUAGACUGGAAGCCUUCAGAUAGCAGGCGCUGCACCUCUUUCCCAGUGCCCAGAUUCCAUUGGCAUUUAAUCACAGACGAGGGACUGUGUCCCCUUCUCCACCUCUGUGGAAGCUGUGCCCCGCUUUCUAUUCCAGGCCGAGCUGGCCUCUCCUGGAAGCCCUGUGCCGUCAGCCCUCACCUCGCCCUUCAAGCCUAGACAUUCUCUUCUGGCAUAAAUAUGUGCUCAAGGCUCUUUGCACUAAAAGCAAGGAGUUGUCUCCUCUCCCAGGUCCACUUCCUCUCUCUCCCGAACUCCCUGACCCUCCACGCCAUCCCUCCUCCAUGACCUCCCCCUACUCACCAUCUGCCCCUUCUGCCAACCCAGCGAGCGGCAGCUCUCCUGGCAUGUCACUCUCUCAACCUUCUGUCCCGUGAUUACCGGUGCAGUUCUGGCCUGUUUCUUUGGCUUCUCCCAGCCCUUCUUUUUCUGCUUUCCCCUUAAAGGUGGACAUCCCUGGGUCCAGGACCUGGUCUCUGGCCCUUCUCCUCUGAAUCAUCUCGGUGGCGUUUCUCCCAAGUCCCUGGCUGCAGCCACAGCCACAUGUCAAUUAUGUCACCUCCAUGUCCUGGCUCAGAUGUGCCUCCCUGCCCCUGAUGCACCAGCUCCUUGUUCCUUCACAUCCCCUACUCAGCGAAUGACCCCUUGUUGACCCACCGGCCCAGGCUUCGCUUGCAUGUCCCCCAAGCCCUCGUGUCCAGGUCUCAUCUCCGAAUCCUGGCGAUCUUCCCCCAGGAGGUGUGGGCUCCUCUUCUCUGCCCUGUCCAGCGUCCACCUCUCCCAAACGGCUCACCGGUCUCUCCCUCCCGAUGCCCCUGCAUCUAGGAUGGCAAAGCUCUUCAUGGGAGCCAUAGCUGGAGACCUAACAGAGCUGGCAGCUGGCCAAGGCCUCUGCUCCAGGGGGUCAGCUGCGGGCUUCCAGAACCUGUUCAGCCUCUGAGUUCCAUGUUGCCUGGAACCUCCACCACUGAUCAGCGUGUCAACACCUAUGUGGGGGAUGUGGGGGCGGGGGUUCCAGGAAGGCGACUUUUGGGUGAUAGGGCGGGAAGAAAGAGGGACCCCAGAGGCCAGUUCUUCCCCCAUCCUAGUCUGUUUCCUCCCAUAAGCAUGGGAAGUGUCUUUCUGCACCCGAUCCUGUGUGGGCAGCGGGUGGGGCACACAGAUGAAUCAGACCCGGCCCCCUCUUUGUGCCAACUCAUAAGCACGUAAUCCAUGGCUCAGCCUGUGAAAGAGCUCAGCGGGCCCAGAAAUGUAAUGAAGUGAGAAUACUUUCCAAUCCUGUCUCCAGGUAAUGGGGCUGCUCCCCGUCACAGAAUAGGGGCCUCAUAGGCACACAGCAUGGGGUGGCAGGCCAGGCCUCCUGAUGGUCAGCGCUGUGAGGCUAUCUUCUCUCCCACUGCGGAGGCCCAGCCUCUCCUGUGCCCUCUAGGCCUGUCCUAUACCCCCUCCACCUCUCCUGCUGGGGCCUGUCAGUGGCUCCUGGAAGGUGUGACCUGGGUCAGCCACCCCAGGCCUCUCCAUCCUGCUCUCCUUCCCCCUAUGGGGGUUUAGGCUCCUCCUGGGGUGCCCACCCGACCCCAGUGCCCUCCAUCUCCAUGAAAGCCUGUCAUUUCUGAGGACUGAGUCACUGCCGGCUGGCGGCAGCCCAUUCAGCAUGCCACUUGGCACGUGGCACAGACAUGAGCUACUGGGUCCUGCACCCUGUGGUUAGGAGUCCAAAGGCCUCUUUCCAGGCGACGUUGCCGGUUUAUACGUCUUUCAGCUCAGAGGCAGGGUGGAGAGGAACCACUCCUCUAUCCCCUUGCCCUCCCAUGCCAGGAACUGCUGGGCUCCCUGUGACCAGGGACUUUCCCAGAUGCCUGGGAUUUGUAAUGAAGCCGGGAAGCAGAGAAUAUCCACGUGCGUGCUCAGUGCAGAGUUGGCACUGGACAUGUCUACACUGGACAUCCCAAAAGGUGGCGUAGAGGCCCAGCAGAGGGCUGCUGUGGAGUUCCAGGCACAGACCCGCUGCUGUCAGGAACUGAGUUUGGGCUUGCCUGCUGAGCGGCUGUGAGACCUGGAGCAGGGGACGUGAGCUCUCGGUGCUUCUGUUUCCUCAUCUGUGAAAUGGGUGCUGUAGGAACUGUGAUAAGAUGUCAGUGAAUCUGUGGUGUGAAGCACAGAGCCAAAGCCAUGUGUUAAGGAAGGGACCUGUUAUCCCCACAUGCCGAGGUGGGAGAUGACUGGAUCAUGGGGGCGGUUCCCGACCUUGUAAGCCACCCACUUUGGCCCCCCAAAGUGCUGGGAUUAUAGGCAUGAGCCACCAUGCUAAUCUGAUGGUUUUAUAAGUUCCUUCUUCACUCACUCUUCUCUCUCCUGUCACCUUGUGAAGGAGGCGACUGCUUCCCCUUCACCUUCCACCAGGAUUCUAAGUUUCCUGAGGCCUCCCCAGCCAUGCAGAAUUAUGAGUCAAUUAAACCUCUUUCC